AUGCCGGAGGGAAACGCAGCGGCCGCCGCCGGCCAGGAGGAGCCGCAAGGUACCUCCAUGAUGUCACGCAUGCUGCAGAUGGGCGCCAUGUACUUUGGCAUGCAGCUGCUCAUGAAGCAGUUCCUGCCCAAGCAAGACGCUGCCACCACGACCGCGACCACCACGGACGCCAGCGGCAACGUGGUCAAGGUGCCCGUGUCGACGGGGGCCAUCCCCGCCUACCACGCGCGCCCAGACCGUCUCGACGAGGGCGCUACGUACAACCCGACGCCGCAGCGUCUGGCCGCCAUCUGGCCCGAGGACAGCAAGCUCGACAUUGUCAUUGCCGUGUCGCCAACGCACCAGGCGCGGCCGCUCAACGCCGCCGACUCGGACCCCGUUGUGCUGUCGGAAAAGGCGUUUGGCCUCGGCGACUUCAAGGACAAGCGCUCCAUCGACACGACGAUCCAAGUGCCCAAGCAGGUGCAGAACAACGGCACGCUUUGGGGCCACUUCUUCAUCGGCCUCGCGGGCGCCGAGCUCGACCCGUACAGCCCCAGCUACGACCGCGCGGCCGCCUACUGCUUUGCGUUCCCGCUGACGCAGUACAUUGUCAAGAAGAAGGCGUUCAAGACGCGCAACCUGCUGGCCGGCAAGGACGGCGCGGGCGCCGAGGCCGGCGAGGUCGAGGCGGAGGUCGAGGAGGACACCGCGCCCGGCCCCAUCGUUGCCAGCUACUACCACCCCAACACGUCGCUCUCGUUCGUCCCGUCCAGCGGCAUCAUCGACUACCCCAACACGGCGCCGGCGAUCCAGCAGUUUGUGCACCCCGAGGCCACGGGCGCGCGCGACGGCUCGGGGCAGAACUCGUGGUACUACCCCGUACUCUUUGUCAACACGUUCUGGCAGCUCAAGACGCACAUGACGCUGCUGAACGACACGGUGACCACGCUGCCCAUGCACCUGGACCUCGGCAACCUCAACGACUGGCAGUUCAAGCUCAUGGCCAGCAUCGAGAUGAGCGGCCGCGAGUCGGCGCGCCAGGCCGCGUGGGGCAACCAGCUGCCCGGCGGCGGCGACGGCACCGAGAUUGAGAUGGUCAAGGAGAUUGUGCUGGACACGAACCCGUACCUGCUGGCCGUGACGGUCAUCGUGACGGUGGCGCACCUGAUCCUCGAGAUGCUGGCCUUUGGCUCGGACAUCUCGCACUACCGCAAGAAGAAGGACAACGUCGGCAUCUCGGUGCGCUCGAUCCUGGCCAACGUGUUUAUGCAGACGGUCAUCUUCCUGUACCUCAUUGACAACUCGCAAAACACGUCGUGGAUGAUUCUGGGCUCGCAGGGCGUUGGCAUUGUGAUUGAGCUGUGGAAGAUUACGACGGUCGUCGACGUGCGCGUGCGCGACGCGCCGCCGGGCUCGCUGCUGCCGUACCGCAUCGCCUUUGAGGACAAGCACAAGCUCACGGAGACCGAGGAGAAGACCAAGGAGUACGACGAGAUCGCCUUCAAGUACAUGUACGUGGCGGCCGUGCCGCUGCUGCUGGCCUACGCCGUCUACUCGCUCGUCUACGACACCCACAAGUCGUGGUACAGCUACGUGAUUGCGACGCUCGUCGGCUCCGUCUACGCCUACGGCUUCUUGAUGAUGGUCCCGUCGCUCUACAUCAACUACCGCCUGAAGAGCGUCGCCCACAUGCCCGGCAAGGCCAUGAUGUACAAGUUUGUCAACACCUUCAUUGACGACCUCUUUGCCUUCACCAUCAAGAUGCCCUUCCUGCACCGCCUGGCCACCUUCCGCGACGACAUCAUCUUCUUCAUCUACCUCUACCAGCGCUGGGCCUACCGCGUCGACUACACGCGCGUCAACGAGUUUGGCCAGGGCGGCGACGACGGGGACGCGGCCGAGGCCGAGACCACGACGACGGCUCCGCAGCCCAAGCUGGUGACAGCCGCUGACAAGAAGACGGGGACGGAGACGGCGGCCCUCCCUGCAGCCGAGGCGUCUGCAAAGACGUCCGGCACGGAUGCCAAGGCUGGCAGUGCCACGAAGAAGCGGAAAUAA